GACUUUGCGGCCGCGACGGCAUAACAGCCGCUGGCGCACGCCUUCGACGCGCGCAGCCGUCUCUAAGAGGUUCGCCCGCAGCGCUGUCGAGCGCUGUCGCCAAGCGCCAGCGCAAGAAUGGCCGUCAUGCUCCAGUUCCCGCUGGGCGACGUCGUCGUCGACCUGUACGACGAGGGCGAGCCGGCAAAGAUCUGCGAGAGCUUUACACGAUUGUGCGCUAGAAAGUACUACCACGGCUGUCUCGUGUAUCAGGUGCAAAGUGGCUGUUUGGCCCAGACGGGCGACCCGAGUGGUACGGGCAAAGGGGGAUGUUGUGCUUCGCAUCACGAAGGAGACGCUCAACGGUUCAUACGGCACACACCAACAGAUGAUAGACAGAAACAUGACCGAGCGGGUCUCGUGUCUGUCGUGUCGAUGGGCUCCCAGGGCAACGAACAUGUCUAUGGAUCGCAAUUUUUCUUCACGCUGCGAGACGAGGAUUUGGACCACCUGGAUGCGGGCGGUCAUAUGAUUAUUGGGGAAGUCGCGGAGGGGUUAGACGUCCUGAAGAAGAUGGGAGCGUUGUAUCUUGAUGGAAAUGGAAGACCCUGGGAGGAUGUGAGAAUCCAGCACACGCACGUCCUGGAGAACCCCUUUGCUGCCGUAGAAUGCCCGCCGUCACCUGAUAGGAAACCAGAGACGCCUCACACGGACGAAAAAGUGACAGCAAGAGUCGCCUACGGCCAGGCCAAGGACGCGCACGACGGCCUCACCGCGGCGGAGCGCGCGUCGCAAGAAGCCGACAAAAAAGCGCGCAGCCAGGCGGAGGUCCUGGAAAUGAUUGGAGAUCUACCCCACGCGGACGUCUGAUGCGGCGCGGAAAGGAGCUUCGAGGCGACGCCGUCUUCAUGAUCCCAUGAGAGUCGACGCGACUCGUUUCGCGACGGCGUCGUUCCGCGCAGGUCGAGGUGCCCAAAAAUGAGUUAUUUAUCGCGAAGCUCAACAAGGCGACAGAGGACGCGGAUCUCGAACUCAUUUUCAGUAGAUUUGGUCGCAUCGAGUCGUGCGACAUCGUAAGGGAUUGGAAGACCGGGGAUAGUCUCAACUUCGCGUUUAUCGCCUUUGAAGAAGAAAAAAGUUGCGUGGAAGCUUAUAAAAAGAUGAACAACGUGCUCAUCGAUGAUUCCCGCAUUAGGGUCGAUUUUUCCCAAUCGGUGGCGAAGAUAUGGUCGCGCUACACGAUGCAGUAUAAAGGGAGCGCGGCGGCGAAGCUGCGGGAGAAGCACCGGAAGGGUGGGGCUUUGUUAGAUACGGGCCACUACGGGCCCGGCGGGCCCUCGCAAAGAGCUUAUGGCGGUCGCAGCGGCGAGGACGUCUACGCGGCUGAUCACGUGCGCGACUACCGCGGGCGGUUGGACGACCGCGAUAGGCGCCGGGGCGAGCGGCGGGACCCGGGGCGGUCGCUUGGCAUCGAAGGCUUGGAUGAUCGGCGCGACCGCGACCGGAGCCGGCGCGAUCGAUCGCGGGAACGGAGCCGUCGGGAUAGGGAUCGCGAGCGGCGCAAGCGGUCGCGGUCGCGUGAGCGAAGCCGGCGGCGGCACUAAGUUUACAAGUGAAUGUC